ACUCCGCCGAGCGCCAGCGGCUGGGUCGGACGUCGACGGCCAGUGGGACAACUAGCUCUCCGUGCCGGGCCAGGACUUGACGACAGACAGACAUGGAGUUUCCGAAGAGGCUGCACUGCGGCGUCUUGCUGCUGUUCGCGUCCCUCCUGGCGGGCAGCAGCAGCGGCGCCCACGAGUGCGCGCGCGAGUGCGUGGAAGGAGCUCCGCCCAUGACCUGCCGCUACACCUUCGCCGUGGAGUGGUACGUGACCAUGAGCAAGGCCUGCUACGACUGCCGCACCAACGUCAGCGACUGCUUCCGGCCCGACUGCGUGCCGGCCGACGGAUACAGCCGCCCCGUGGUCGUCGUCAACCGCCAGAUGCCUGGCCCCACCAUCGAGGUGUGCCAGGGAGACUACGUGGUCGUGGACGUGGAGAACCACAUGAUGGAGGAGAGCACCACGAUUCACUGGCAUGGGCAUCACCAGCGAGGCACGCCCUACAUGGAUGGCGUGCCCUACGUCACGCAGUGCCCAAUCCCGCCCAAGUCCGCCUUCCGCUACCAGUACUACGCCACCACGAGCGGCACGCACUUCUGGCACUCGCACUCCGGCUGCCAGAGGGCGGACGGCGCGUUCGGCGGCUUCGUGGUGCGCGUGCCCAAGUCCUGGGACCCGCACACCGCCCUCUACGACCGCGACUUGCCGGAGCACCUGGUGCAGAUACUGGACUGGGUGCCUGAGAUGGGAGUGCACAAGUUCGUUGACCACCACCACGGCCUCGAAGACAACAAGCCUCGCAACAUCCUCGUCAACGGCCUGGGCAGGAACGUGUCGCUGCCGGCCGUGCUGGAGGACCCGUGGGGCGUGGACGACACCAGCCAGCCCACCGCCACCUUCGUCGUCCAACAGGGUUUACGUUACCGGUUCCGACUGAUCAACGCAGGGUUUCUGAACGUGCCCAUCCAGAUGUCUGUGGACAAUCACACCAUGACUGUCAUCAGCAGCGACGGGAUGGACAUCGAGCCAGUUGAAGUGGACUCGCUGGUGAGCUACGUGGGCGAGCGGUUCGACGUGGUGCUGACGGCCAACCAGAGCGUGGGCAGCUACUGGGUGCGCUUCCGCGGCCUCAUGGACGGCGACGAGCGCUUCACGAGCGUGCACCAGGUGGCGAUCCUGCGCUACGAGGGCGCCCCUCUGGAGGACCCGCCCGGCGACGUGGGCUACGACGAGGCGCGCCGCGACGGCCUGGUGCUGAACGAGCUGAACGUGGGCACCGAGGGCAGUGAUGGGACCGUCUCCAUGCCCGAGCUGACCUCCCUCCAGCCGGACGACGAGAGCCUCAAGCCCGAGGCAGACUUCACCUUCUACCUCGCCUACGACUUCUACCCCGUCGACAACCCGCACUUCUUCCACACGCCCUACUAUGGCUUCGGGGAUGCGGGCAGCCACACGUACACGCCCCAGUUCAACCACAUCUCCAUGAAGCUCCCUCCGUUCCCGCUGCUGUCCCAGCGCGACCUCCUGGCGCCCGACAUGUUCUGCAACUCGUCCACCGUCGGCAACUGCACGGCCGAGUUCUGCGAGUGCCUGCACGUGCUGGCCGUGCCGCUGGGCGCCGUCGUCGAGCUCAUCUUCGUCGACGAGGGGGUGCCGUACGACGCCAACCACCCGUUCCACCUGCACGGGCAUGCGUUCCGCGUGGUGGCCAUGGAGCGGCUGGGCAACUCCACCACCGUGGACGAGGUGAAGGCACUGGAUGCGGCGGGGCUGCUACACCGCAACCUGCACCGGGCACCGUACAAGGACACCGUCACCGUUCCCGACGGCGGCUACACGGCCGUGCGCCUGCACGCCACCAACCCAGGUUACUGGCUGCUGCACUGCCACAUCGAGUUCCACGUGGAGAUCGGCAUGGCGGUGGUGCUGAAGGUCGGCGAGGACUCGGACAUGGAGCCCGUGCCGCGGGACUUCCCGCGCUGCAACAGCUGGCUGCCGGACCGUGAGGACCUGGACGACGCGCCGACGAGUGCUCCCACUACCGCUGACGCCGUGUUAAAUUACUCGGAGGGCUACGACGGCGACGAGGUGCCGUCCAUCGUGUCGCUGACCCACUGGCUGCCGGCGCUCGUCAGCCCGCCCGCCCCGGGCACGGCGUCCUCCGGUCGGCCGCAGCUCGGCCUGCUGUGCGCGGCGGCGCUGGCCUGGCUGCUGCGGUGAACAGCACAACUGCCAUAUCACGUGGCAUGUCUUCAACUUGCAAAGAAAUCGAUUAUCGACAAUUACUGAUAAGUGCCUAAAACGUUUUGUAUUCGGGAAAAAAAAAGAAACCUUUUUUUAUGUGUAACGUCAUAACUUUCGGUAUACAGUAUUUAGUAGAAGUAAUUUCGUGAUUGGAACCAAAGUUGCAUGGUGCCAAUUUCACAGAGCCAAAGGGAAACUUUAUAGUGUUAACAUUGUAAUUAAUUUUAACAAGAUAAGCAGUAUUUAAAAAAACUUUUUUUCGGAGCUGUUUCAUUAUAUUAUGCAAUGGCUUUUUUUCGAACUCCAAUGGGCUAUAAAAAAAUAUUGAUUCGAUAGUCGACAUAGCUGCUCCGGAAGCGAAUUCUAGCAUUGGAUAUGAAAACUAUGUGUGAUUUGUUCCAGAUAUGUAUUUGAAAAUACAAUUUGCAUAUACAUACUUGUUAAGUUCGGCAGUAUUUCAAAUAAUUUUAUGUUAAAUUUCGUGUCCGAGUUUCGUAUCAUAAAUUUGCUUGCAACAUGUUAACACAUGGAUUUGCUCGUUACCUAGGUUAGAUGUUACACAUCUCUAACUAGUACUGAAAGACUCACAAUUUAUUUUUUUACUUUGAACUCACAGUCAUUCCGAAAAGAUUCUAAAUAUGCCUCUGUGGUGAUGAUUGGCUUGUUCUAGGUCCACAAGAAUCAAGCUGGGUUUACGAUUGAUUUCCUUAAGAAUUAUAACUUAAUAUCGAGCACACGAUUAAGUCAAAACUACAUUUUCCAUUUAUGAUUGACAUAGAAGUCGUUAAUUCUAACCAAUCACAGCACAAAACACAUGGUCGGCCAUUGUUCGAAAUGGAGAAGUAGGUUUGAAAUAGGUUAUUGACAAAUGGGAUAUCUAUUUUUCGAAAUGGAUGAAGAUUACAAAUGACAAAUAUACGAAUUCUAACCCAAAAUACUGCCUCGCUCGGUCCAAUAAUAAGACAUAAACUUCCGGUUGAAAAGUUCCGGUUUGUUGUGAUUGGUCGCUUCCCUUAAGUCUUAAGGAAAAAUAUAAAAUAUAACCAUUUCUGUUAAGUCUUAAGUCAUCAUAUGGUUCGCACACGACCCGUCAAAAUUCACACACGACAAUCAUAAACCAUUCCACUUGUUUACAUAGAGUCAUAUGGUAAGUACACAACUACCUAUGUCUUAAGUCUUAAUUCUUAAUUUUCAAUCGUAAACCCACCUUCAGUGUGCUAAGGUUAUGCUGGCGUGUGCAUUAAAUACCAUGUCGCCCCUAUGCAUAAACAAGGAACAACUUUUAGCGGCGACCUCAUCAUUUUCACAGCAUAGUGAUAAACAUUAAAGUUCAGAGCAAAUCCUGAGUAGCUUUCAAGAUUCUAUAAGCAAGAUAUUUAUUUUCCACCAGAAAACUGUCAUGAAAACACUUGUUUUAGAUGAUUUACCUCACCUUAAAAUACGAGUUAGGGACGGAACAUAGCAACAAUUAUAGAAUCCUGAUUGAAAUCUCAGGGAUUUUGAGGGUUGUUUUUUUUAGUUGGUGUCACGCUGGUGUGUAAAGGGCGCAGGUCUGCUGGAGUACCAAAUGCAAAACAAACAUGUGAUAUCGUACACAUUGUAUAAUUGGCAGUUCUGUCAGUAGUUGGAGACAACAUGGGGGGAAAUGCGAUAACGACGAAAGCCAAGUCAACUUCGUCAUUUGGGUAACGUUUAGGUGUAUUAGAUGAAAAAAAAAUUAUUUUCCUUUGGGAGUGUAGGUUUUAGCACAUCUAGAUGAUAUUAGUUAAAAUGAAUUAUCUUAAAAAUUGUGUGUGUGUUUAUUUGUUUUUAAAUUCCGGCUACGAAGUUGCACGAGCGAGGGCAAAAUUCGAGUAUGUUCGGAACAGUGCGGGCGUCAGACUUAAUUUCCAAUGAAUCUGAGGCUUUCCUGCAAGCUUGAAGCAAGAAGCGAACAGGGGUCAGAUACCACCAGCAUGUUUGAGGGCUCACAUGAGAAUCGUUACCAAAUGUACAUAUCUUCAAGGUUCUACAUUUGAAUGCAUUCCAGGAAGUGUUAUGUUAUAAUACAAUUAAGUUUACUUGUUAGGAAAGCUACUAAUAUAAACUACAAUAUAUUUUUUUCCAGCAUCUGAUUGCUGGGUUUUAUUUUUUUCCAAAACAAUUUGAGGUUUAAAUAUAAUAAUUCCAUCACAAACAACUCAGGACUAUCACGAGGGUAGUGCAAUUAUUGGCUAAGUGCCUUAAGAGAACUUGUUAAAUCUUAACUAUCCAGAGGUUACUAUUUUUAUAUGUGAAGAAUUCUGCGUUUUUAGUCGCAGUCUGUAAAUAUCCUACUGUGUACAAAUAUAUGUAAAAUAACUGCUAACAAAUAGAAUUCACAAAUGGAAUUAAUACAUUGUGAAGUAGUAUGUGUACAAAAGUAAACAAAAGUAACAGGCCAGUGACAUUAUUUUAGCCAGCACUGUUGUUAAGUACUGAUGACAUACCUAUCAUAGUAUUUUGAACUAAUAAAAUAGACUGUACCUGCCAUCUGUGAUAUUAGAUUAAGUAUAAACACUGUAUAUUAUAUAAAUAUAUGCCUACAUCUAAUUCCUAAUUAAAAGCCUAUUUCAAAAAUAUUGUACUUAAGCUUUCUUUUGUUGUAUAGCCUAUAGUUAUGUGUAAAUUAUAUAUUUGGGAAAAUGUUUUUAUCUUCGUUGUAUAUAGUUGUAUGUGUAAAUUAUAUAUUUGGGAAAAUGUUUUUAUCUUCGUUGUAUAUAGUUAUAUAUGUAAAUUAUACAAUUGGGAAAAUGUUUUUAUCUAUAAGUAAAUUCGAUAAUGAAUGUUAUGAGUGUUCCUUUGUCUUAAACUUAUUAUUUUAUAGUUCCUCCCCAAUACUUUUACUUGCAAGUUCUGAUCCUCAUUGGCAUAGCUGAUGUAACAUUAAUUAAAAUAAAAGUAUUUCGUAGAAACAAAAA